AUGCAUGCUGCGAGCAACGACCGAGGGACGAGCGGAAUGAGGUAUAUCACCGAGGAAUCCAGCGGCCACUUGUCAGCGAUAACUGGAAGGAGUUUGCAUGCGACGUUGAGAGCAGCAGGCACGCAGGCAACGCGGCCAAAGAAGGAGACGAAGAGAGCGGAAUGCCGAUUAUGUCUGAUAGCGGUCGGUCUCCUUGGUCCGUACAUGUCGGGCAAACUUAUCGUCAUUGCAGACCUCAAACGACGCUCUCUGUUGAUAGCAGCAGAGAUAGGAGAUACAGAGUUUGUUUCUCACCUCGUCAAGAGUGGCGACUGUUCAGUCCACGAUCGAGAUGAGUUCGGUCGGACUGCAUUGCAUCUUGCAGCAGCAAACGGCCACAUCGACACCUCAAACUUGCUUCUGUCUCUCGGCGCAGACCUGUGGGCUUAUGACAAACAUGAAAUGGUGUUCAACCUGGAGAAGCGGUGCAUGACACCAAGAGGACAGCGAUACGCUUCGAACAACGACAUGUCGAGCCACUACACAGCAUUCUCACCAGCAAAGUCAGAGUCCCGCGGACCCGAUAGCGUCAGCAAGCUGGUCAGCCCAGACUCCCGCGCAGAGCAACAUAGACUAUAUGACCGCAACUCCCUCAGCUCACCCCCGAUGAAGAACGCCUGGCAGACCGUGUGCCAGACUACAGAAGUGGAAACUGUCAAGGAGAUCAGCGUGAAUUUUCCGAACACAUUUGAUGAGCACAACUCUCCCAUACGGCUCAAGUACAUGCUUGUUCCACAAAGGUCUAACGAUGGGGAAGAAAACGGCUAUCAGCAUGUCGUCUCCUACGUCGACCCCUUAGUAUUGAAAGACAAGAGUGACAUCAAGGCCGGAGAUGUGCUCUUGAAAAUCGGCGACAUCAGCUUGCAAGCUGCUGCGAAGACAGGUAGGGACGGGAAACGUGAUUGGCAUAUCUUCAUCUUCUGCUGUUUCUUGGUUCUUGAUCCCUUCUGA